AUGGCCUCUGGCUCAAGAAAUGUAACCCCAACCCCAGGUGGGAGUUUAGAUUUUGUCCAUUACUGCCCUGCCUGGACAGAUCCGAACUGGCAGGAUGAAGGCCCUGAACGAGAUGCGAGCCUCUUUGACAUCAAAGACAGUGUGUUUGAUCGUCUACGCCCAGCUCUUCUGCCUCGAGACCAAUUCAAGAAACCAACUAUUUACGCUCAACGAUUCGGGAUUUUUCCUGGUCGAACCGAUGGCCGUUCGAGAACAUCACCCACACGAGCUGAGAGUCGAGAGAUCUUUCCUGCCAGCUCUGAUAUUCGAAAUGGAAAGGAACUAUUUGGACGUUUCGAAGAUUUGGCCAAGGCAGCAAACGAGCACGUCGAUGAUUACAUGGAGAGGACAAGGCCGGAUAUGAAAAAGUUGCGUGAAACUGAACAACAAUUCAUGCAACAGUAUGAAGAUCUAGUCAUAGAUGAAAACUGGCAGACCAUCCUUUUCGGGAGCUUAACCAUGGAUGAAUUACAAGCCGAGGGGUAUUUUUCGAUGUGCGAUACCAGGUUUGACAGCCUCAAGGGUCAGGUUUCAGAACUUUUCAAGCGUGAAAGAUGGGUCGACACCAGUUACCAUGGCAAAACGGCUGAUGAGCCUCGUUUAAUAUAUACCCUCAAUGGGAGACGUGAAGAAUGGAACGCGAGGACCAACGACAGAGUGUGGAGUGCGAUGCAGCCGGCCAUCCAACUCGCAUCGCGGUUGCUUGGGAUGGACGACGCCUUUAUCUCGAGUCUCCUAGACAUCACAAACAGACUGUGGAUCAACCCCAGACUUUUCCAGCAUCAGCCCGGGCAAGACCGAGAUAAUAAGAUUAGAUUCGUUCCAGACCUGGACCCGGAUGAUCCGUCUAGACUCAACGGAGCGAAAGCUGUCAUAGACAGUGGUAUAGACCCCAGAGCAGCCACUUGGCAGGCCCUGCUUCAAACAAUCGAGAUAGAACUAACUAGCGGUUUCCUAUUUGAGGGAAAACAACAAAGAGAUCACUGCACAGGCGUUACACACUCGUGUACCACAUACCCGCGUGGAUAUAACUUGCUGGUCACAAUCGAUUCCCACGAGAUGAUGCAUGCAUGUGCCAGUAUUCCCGUCAAGUGGUUAGCUGAUCCUGCCACGGUUGGAAUAGCUCGAGGUGACCAAGUCCAGGCCUGCUCUGAGCUCUUGCAUUCAUUGCAGGAUCACACACACGGAGAUCUCCACGGCGAGCCUUAUUUUGAUGAAGACCCCUAUCAAGAGGUUGGCCAUGCCUUUGAAGAACAUGUCAUGGGAGGCGGCUAUUGGUCGUUUGCAACAGAUGUUUGUAUCCUGAGACCUGCACUACUCCAGACGGCGGCUGGUCUCGUAGCUUUCAGUCAAAAUUCCGAUGGUGACAUUAAUGUCCCCCCUGUGCUGCAGUACCCCCCGACGCGAAACAUAAGGCUCACCCACUAUAUUCGAACCGAAGAUGUUCAGAAAUAUUUCACACAACCUUUCUGGGACGUUGCGAUGCAGAAAUAUGGCACGGCCGCUCUAAGGGAAUCAUCCAAAAAGCCUCAUAAAGUCACCUACUACCCUGCUGAUGAUGCUUAUGACACUUACGGCUUUGAUGAGAACACUCUAGGCACUCCGGAAGACAAGGACUGGGUACAAGACUUCAUGAAAGAGCUCGACGGUAGGGGAAAUGCUGUGCUAAGGAGUUAUUUGAACAACCUGAUCAACGAAGCAUGCGACUUUGAUUUAAUGAAUGAGCAAUUCAGCACUGACAUGAUAACCUGGGGCCAUCGAGAUCAAAUCUGGCGCGAUCUCAGUAGACAAAUACUCAUGAUACUCUGUGAGAUCUCAGCGCACACGUAUCAAGCAUCUCAAGACCAGGCCCAAGAUAACGUCCUAGAUUUUCUUCACAACUUGUGGCAGGUUGCAAAGUGCCAACAAGGAAGAUAUCCUGACCCCCACUCCGCUUCCCUUGACACCUUGUCUUCUGACCCAGAGGAUUGGGCUCAACAUACUCGAUAUAGCGGUCUCGAGGUUUACGAAAAGCGUCUGGUACCCAGACUCAUCGACUUCACACGCCGUAUAGAAAGGGAGCUUAUGCACAUCGAAAGCAUGGUAUGUGAAUUAUACCAAUCAGGAACCUCAAGUUGGCCGCUCUACCAACAUUUUGGUAAAGGGCAUGAUGAAGAGUUGCGCGAUCGAGUUGAUAGGAUGAUUGAACACAUAACCGACUUGUUGACUCCCGUUGGAAUUGCUGAUCGGGGAAUCAAAAGCAUCGAUGCAGAGUGGUUCAAUCGAAUAUGGAACCUAGGCCGAAGAGUCAAGGACGUUCGACGACUCUUAGAUUUGGAUACCCAAAACUACGAGCACAAUUGGCGCGACCUCUUGUUAUCGAUGCCUAUGGCACGCAAGUCCAACCGCAAGCCCCAUCAGAGAUUCUACUUUUUGGCAAAAAAGGAGAUGAUGAAGCUGACAGGAAGCCAACUGGAAAAGAUGAAGGAGUUCAAAACCCGUUUCCAGAAAGCACUCAGCCUUGGAAGUUACAAAGUGGUCAUCCCAGGAGAGGACCCGAACGUGCUGAGCAUUGCUCAGCGAUUGUCCGGAACACUGGAUGAUGAUCGAGGCAGCAAUGACCAUGAGAAAGGCAUCAAAGGACCAUCUACAGGUAUAUUCGACAUCGAAGCCGUGAAGAAGCUGGUUCAUCAGCUCAGAGAGGAAGAGAACGAUGCACAAACCGAUAUGCUCAAUCGCAUCACGAAUCGCUUGAAGAGUGAAGCCCCAACCUUAAAAGAAGCAACAGCAGAACAAGCCGGCAUGGUACCUCCGGUUCCACCCAAAUUCCAGCAGAUGGGUUUCGAAAACCAGGCAGUGCCGUUGAAUAGCUUGGAGGAGUUCAAAGCAAACAAUGCUCCAUUCUCGGCUUUCUCCUCGGGAACUAGCUCCCCCUUUCCUCAACACCAACCGAAUCAACCCCCUGCAUGGGUAGCAAACAGUACGGGGGACCUGGCUGCUUGGGUCAACAAUCGGCUUGCCGGCGGACCACCAGUCGCCCACGGUAUCACGCUUCACCCGUAUGCACUUCGUGAGAACCUCACGGUAGAUCUUCAAAACAUGGCCCAAGCCUCGCUACCCAUGCGAAACCCCGCCUCCUUCGCCAACGAGUAUCCUCGAGAAGUGGUACAAGACCAAGACUCUUCUUUCGUGGUUGGUCCUCUUGGAGAUAUUGCCCAAUCUUGGGAGAAACAGUAUCAACUUGGGCAGAGCCCGCCCCCUGCAGCAACUGGGGGCACACCUGUGGUUCAAUCUUCUACAGCACCAACUCGCAGAGACAGCCGGGAUAUUGACUUGACUGGCGGCUUGAACCAAGGACGUAAGGCCACAGUUUUGUCGGAUUAUGAUCACAGCAGCAGUGAGACGGACGUAUCAGACGACGAAGCGCAACGAACGAGAGAGAGCAGCAGUAGCAGAACAACACUCGUUGGACUGUCGGAUGUUGAGGAGGAGCUGCUUAGCAAGAUCGCAUUAUUCGAAAGGUCUGAGGCGAGAGAAAAUGGAUAUGAUUUGAAGCGAAGGUCAAGCUGGGUACCUCUUCAUUCCAAGAAGAAGAAAUUGGAGACGCCUAAAGCCAGGAGACGUGUUUACAAGUCGAAGCCGAAGAAGCCCAGAGUGCCCAGAGCUUAG